AUGAAGGUUGCUGUCCUCGCGACUACCCUCCUCGCGGUCGCAGUGAAAGCGGCCAACGCCGCCGCCAGAAGCGCCGACGAUGCCACCGGUUUCCGUCUCUGGGCCAACAUGAUCUACGACAACCAUCCGGACGGUCCUCAGGUCCAAGGCCAAGAACUCGGCCUCGUCUCCACGGCCGAGUGCGCGGCCGACGUGAUCAUGGUGCCCGCCGGCGAGGGCGCUAUCUUCCGCGCCGUCAACAACGACACCAUCGGCGUCGACAACCUCGGCGGCGACUCGUCGCCCUUCGCCGGCAUGGUCGUGCCCUGGCGCGGCCCCGCGAUGGUGCCGAGCGGGAGGCCCGUGGAGGUCAGGUGCGGCGAGGGCACGACGCUCUUCCUCAACGAGCUGGGUGUCAGGUAUCCCGGGGAGAUGGGCCCCGACUGGAACGGUGCUUUCAUGGCGUGCCCAAGGGAGUACGGUAGCGAAGAGAUUAUUUUGAGCUAUUUUGGCUGGGGUCAGAGGCCUCUUUGGGGCUGCAGUGUGAUUCAGCUUCAACCCAUCUACUAG